AUGCCGACGCCAGUGAAACGGAAGCGGGCCAGUAAACCGAAAGUGCGGACGGGCUGUAUCACCUGCAAGAUCCGGAAAGUGAAGUGUGAUGAAGGCAAGCCCGCCUGCACCCGGUGCAUCAGUACGGGACGAAAAUGCGACGGCUAUGCUUCGCAGACGGCGCCAUCCAGCAUCUCCCAGCCGCUAUUGACCGUCACGACUGCCAAGUCGAGUACGGAGUCACGCGCGCUGGAGUUUUUCUUUCACAAGUCGUCUUCCCAGCUGGCCGGGUUCUUUGAAGGCUCGUUCUGGAAGGUCUCUGUCCUCCAACUCAGUCUUGUGGAACCCGCCAUUCGCCAAGCCAUCGCUGCAAUAGGCUCGUUGCAUGAGCACAAAGGAGGCAGUAGACUGCUCCCCUCGUUUAAUGCCGCAGGUGGCGAUCCACAUCCGGCCAUCCAGCUGUAUACCCGGGCGCUGCGCUCGACGAUCGAGAAAAGCGCCGCCGAUACAGGCGCGAUCCCCGUGGUCGUGGUGGCCAGCAUUCUGUUCACGGCCUUUGAGUUCCUUCGGGGGAACGCGUCCGCCGCAGCGUCGCAUAUCUCGAACGGUAUUAACCUGUUGUGGGCAUGGCGCGAGAAGACCGGUGGUCGGCCGAAGGUGCCGUGGGGCCAGGGGUAUUCGUCGUUCCAGUCGCACUUUGUGGAAACGGAAUUGGCCCCGAUCCUGAGUCUCUUCAACCUCAACAGUUCCGAGUUCCAUCCCGGCACACGCCGAAAGGUGUUGCUGAACCCGGUUGAUACCGGACUGCUCAUUCUAACGGACAGAUUUGAAAGCCUCCGCGAAGUCAGGGUGGCGAUGGUGGACUUGGUCACCGCCACUGCGGCGGUAUUCCAGUUAUUGGAUGAGAACUUACAAUCAGGAAAGCUACCAGAUGCUGGGUUGCUAACGAUCAUCGGCGGACUUCGGCAGACGCGCGACCGCUGGAAAACGAACUUCGAUGACCUGGUUCGACGGCAGGGCUCCACGUGGAACAAGAACGAGCAGGAUGCGGCCGAAGUCCUCCGUCUGAUGUGGUACUCGACCGUGAUGGGAACGACGACGUACCGCGUGGGCUGCGAGUGCGCCUGGGACGACCACCGAGCGGACUUCGAGGAGAUUGUCCGCAUCGGCGAGAAGAUCGUGUCGGACCCGGACCGCUACCCGGAUGAGCUAUCGAAAACCCUCUGUCUCGAUUUCGGUUUGCUAUACCCGCUCCACGCUGUGGCUUGGAAGUGCCGCUGGCCGCGCCUCCGUCGCAAAGGAUUAGAUCUGCUGCGGCGGAUGCCGAGAAAAGAAUGGUGGUAUGAAGUAAGCCACUACCACGUGGUAUUUACACAGAUCAUGGAGUUCGAAGAAGCAGGUCUGGAUCCGGACGAGGUCGCUGCCACCGAGGAUGCGUCCGUCGUUCCCGAGCAUGCCCGCGUGCAUGAUUUCUACACGGAACCGACAUCCACGAAGGCCAACGGAUACACACUUCAUAAACUGACAAUGUUGACCAAGCCGGAUGGUCUGGAGGGAGGGUGGCAUUCCACAACGGAAGACCUGUGGUUACCCACGCCGCCCCAAGACGGCGACCCAGUUUCACCCUUCAACCUGUUCUGUUGCAAAGACUGGGCGAAGGCUGAGCUGUCGAACACCCAGACAGUGAAUAUGGUGACAAAUGCUGUGCUGGGACCUCAAGAGUCACCGGGAACUCGAUCUGACGAUUCCUUCAACGGGAAACGCUCAAUCCUUAUGGCACCGAUCUUAAAACCGACCUCCGCAACCGGGUGGCUUGCCCACAACCGAUAG